AUGCAAAGGAUUGAUCUUGAUUUCAGCGGGGAUACAGACUUAUCGCGCUUUAGCGAAACGCUCGACCUUUUGGCAGUUGUCCCUACAAAUUCCACGCUGCCAACAUUCAUCGGCCAUUGGGCACCGCCUGAAGCCACUGCACGAUAUGUCCACAUGUACACGCAACUAAGCGCUGUUCAGAUCGAGUAUCUCCAGGAUCACAAGCCCCAUGGCACCUGGACUCUUCCAUGCCCCGAAGCAGACUUCUCUGGAUUCUUGUCUCGCCAGAUCGUUGACUUGCACACGCAUUCCGCGGAUCCGGACAUGAUCUCCAAGCUUUCCACAAGCUUCGCGGAACAACAAGCGAAAGACGCGACGCAAGUUCAGUUGUUCAGCAUCAAGGUGCUGCGCGAGAACAACGAUGGGUGGCUCGUGCCGAAUACAAAAUUGAUGUGGAAAUGGGUCAAGCCGCAGAGCGCUUACCGGACAUCUGGCGCUUGGGAAUCCACUUUGGAGAAAGCCGUGAUUGAUGGGGAGUGGUCUGCAGGGAAGGGGUUGGUGAUUUUAGUGAAGAGUGUUCGUGAGGAGAAUUCCUGA